GACCAGCAGGAGCCUGAACCGCAGCUCUGGCGCCUCAAGAAAGAAGGCGGCUCCUGCGGUUCUGCUGGAGCGGCGGCUCCAUGUGACGGAGGAGGCCAGUCCUCUGCAGCCGGACGUCGGGACGGCAGCUCGACCUCUUCUCAGGGAACCAGCGCAGGAUCCUCAUGGACUUCAAGGCCAACCUCAGAGGGGUGAAGCCCAAGACGGAGGAGGUGCGGCGAGGCCCCUCGUCCCCGCAGGUGGACUUCCGUGGCGUGCUGGGGAAGAAAGGCGGCGCCGCCGCCCCCAAGCCCGUGGAGAAGAACGGCCAGAGCGAGGCGAGGAACUGCGUGGACGGCCCGGCGCCGCGCUUCUCGGAGAAGCUGUCCGACCGCACGGUGCUGGACGGGCAGCCGCUGCAGCUGCAGUGCCGCCUGGCGGAGCCCUCGGACGACGUCGCCGUCACCUGGACGCUGGACGGGAAGAGAGUCAAGGCCUCCAAGUUCAUCGUCCUCACCGUCAAAGGAGGCAUCUGCUCGCUCUGCAUCGACAAAGCUCUGCCGGAGGACGAGGGCCAGUACAGGUGCCGGGCGGAGAACGGCGGCGGCGCCGACGAGUGCAGCUGCGUGGUGCUGGUGGACGAUCCUCCAGAAAACUCUCCUGCCGACAAGAGGUCCAAGAAAGCGGCUCCGACCUCUGAGAGUGAAGCUCGGAUCAAGAAGCCGACUGCAAAGACUCCUCCAAGACAAGCUCUUCCUCCACAGAUUCUGCAGUUUCCAGAGGACAUGAAGAUUUUAGCUGGAGAGAAGGUGGAGAUUCUCUGCACCUUCUCUGGAGCUCCUCCCAUCACAUGCACCUGGCUCAAGUUCAGGAAGCCGAUCUCCGUGGACUCGUCCGACAUCUCCAUAGAAAGCGGCUCCAACAGCAGCAAACUGACCAUCUCCAGUGGUCAGCAGGAGCACUGCGGCUGCUACACCAUCGAGCUGCGCAACCAGUAUGGCCUUCGCCAGGGGGCGCUGAACCUCACCAUCGUCGACAAGCCAGACCCCCCGGCCAAGGUUCCAGCUGCCUCGGAUGUCGGGCGCUCCAGCCUGACGCUGUCCUGGUACGGUCCCACCUACGACGGGGGCAGCGCCGUCCAGUCCUACCAGCUGGAGGUAUGGAACUCUGUGGACCAGCAGUGGAGCCACCUGGUGUCCUGCAACAGCACCUCCUACAACGUUCAGAACCUUCUGGCUGAGCGGCAGUACAAGUUCCGUGUUCGAGCGGAGAACAUCUACGGCGUGGGAGAGCCCAGCGCCGAGUCUGAGCCCGUGACGCUCGGGCUGCUGGAUGAUGGCGAGAACCAGGAGGAGGCCGAGGAGGAGGAGGACGACUCGGAGAAGGAGCCCGACUACAGAGAGGUCAAGAUCCGCACCGACGUGAAGCUGAAGGAGCUGUACAACGUGGAGGAACGACUGGGAACCGGGAAGUUCGGGCAGGUCUUCCGCCUGGUGGAGAAGUCCACCAAGAAGGUGUGGGCAGGAAAGUUCAUCAAGGCGAUCUCGGCGAAGGACAAGGAGAACGUGCGGCAGGAGAUCGCCAUCAUGAACCUGCUCCACCACCCCAAACUGGUCCAGUGUGUGGACGCGUUCGAGGGCAAGUCUGACAUCGUCAUGGUGCUGGAGAUGAUCUCCGGAGGAGAACUGUUCGAGAGGAUCAUCGACGAGGACUUUGACUUCACCGAGCGCGAGGUCAUCAAGUACAUGCUGCAGAUCAUCGAGGGCGUGGCCUUCAUCCACCAGCAGGGGGUGGUGCACCUGGACCUGAAACCCGAGAACAUCAUGUGCGUCAACAAGACGGGGACCAAGAUCAAGCUCAUCGACUUCGGACUGGCCCGGCGCCUGGAAUCGGCCGGAACCUUGAAGGUCCUCUUCGGGACGCCGGAGUUUGUGGCUCCGGAGGUCAUCAACUACGAGUCCAUCAGCUACCCUACCGACAUGUGGAGCAUCGGCGUCAUCUGCUACAUCCUACUCAGUGGCCUUUCUCCUUUCAUGGGAGACAACGACAACGAAACCUUGUCCAACGUGACGUCGGCCACCUGGGACUUUGAGGACGAAGCCUUCGAUGAGAUUUCUGACAACGCCAAGGACUUCAUCAGCAACCUCCUGAAGAAGGACAUGAAGACUCGCUUGACGUGUCCACAGUGUCUUCAGCACAGCUGGCUGAACCAGGACACAAACACCAUGAAGACCAAGAAACUGUCCAAGGAGAGGAUGAAGAAGUACAUUCUGAGGAGGAAGUGGCAGAAAACGGGCCACGCCGUGCGAGCCAUCGGGAGACUGUCGUCCAUGGCCAUGAUGGCGGGCGUCAGCGCCAAGAGAGGCUCUCCGACCGAAGAGGACAACCGCUUCCUGGAGUGUCUGGAGGUGGAGAAGAGGAGCCAGUGCGCGCCCAGCUUCAGCUCCCUCAUCCAGGACGUGGAGGUGGUGGAGGGCAGCGCCGCCCGCUUCGACUGCAAGAUCGAAGGCUUCCCCGACCCCGAGGUGGUGUGGUACAAGGACGAGCAGCCCAUCAAGGAGACGCGGCACUUUCAGAUCGACUACGACGAAGACGGCAACUGCAGCCUGGUCAUCUCUGAGGUCUCCGGGGACGAUGACGCCAAGUACACGGUGAAGGCCGUCAACAGUGUGGGCGAGGCCACGUGCACGGCCGAGCUCCUGGUGGAGGUGAUGGCGGAGGAGGAGGAGGAGGAGGAGGAGGAGGAGGAGGAGUGAGGCCAGGCGCCACAUGCUGCGCCGAGGCAACUUCAGCGCCAAGACCACGCCGCGCCACAGCAGGUGGACACACAGACAGACAGUGGAGCCACAGGAGCCUGCAGGGGGCGCUGCGUGACCCUACCACUCACCAGAAGCCUUGGUUCCACCUCCUCUUAACUUAUUGAUGUGUGUUUGUGACACUCGUAGCACUUGUGUUCGCCACCUUCAACCUUCACCGUAGAAACCUUGAGCACGCUUGUGCCGUCGACAGGUGCCGCCGGCGACGCCAACGUCUCUCCACCCAGAACGUGCCGCACGUUCCCACACACCAACUGCUGUUGUCACGUUCCGUUUGUGUGACCCAAAGAGUGUGGGGUGUGUGUGUGUGUGUGUGUGUGUGUGUGAGUCCGAGUGUGUGUGUGUCAUCAAGCGCCACGUUCCUCACCUCACCUCUGAGUGUUUUACUGACACAACAUUUAAAAGCUGUUUGAUCACGGAUGCAAUAAACUUGAUCACCACCA